CCCCGCGCCGCGCGCUCUUCACUUCUUGGGGGCUUUUUAAAACAGCGCCACUGGGGUCUUCUCCAUGCGGCUCGGGCUAUGACAGCCUCCGUGCUCCUCCACCCCCGCUGGAUCGAGCCCACCGUCAUGUUUCUCUACGACAACGGCGGUGGCCUGGUAGCCGACGAGCUCAACAAGAACAUGGAAGGGGCGGCGGCGGCCGCCGCAGCGGCGGCCGCGGCUGCGGCGGCAGGGGCCGGGGGCGGGGGCUUUCCCCACCCGGCCGCCGCGGCCGCAGGGGGCAACUUCUCGGUGGCAGCGGCGGCCGCUGCGGCCGCCGCGGCCGCGGCCAACCAAUGCCGCAACCUGAUGGCGCACCCGGCGCCCCUGGCGCCCGGAGCCGCGGCCGCCUACAAUAGCGCGCCCGGGGAGGCGCCUCCGUCGGCCGCCGCCGCUGCUGCCGCCGCCGCCGCUGCUGCUGCGGCGGCCGCGGCUGCGUCGUCCUCUGGAGGCCCCGGCCCAGCGGGCCCGGCGGGCGCCGAGGCCGCCAAGCAGUGCAGUCCCUGUUCGGCGGCGGCGCAGAGCUCGUCGGGGCCCGCGGCGCUGCCCUACGGCUAUUUCGGCAGCGGCUACUACCCGUGCGCCCGCAUGGGCCCGCACCCCAACGCCAUCAAAUCGUGCGCGCAGCCCUCCUCGGCCGCCGCCGCCGCCGCCGCCGCCUUCGCGGACAAGUACAUGGAUACCGCUGGCCCCGCGGCCGAGGAGUUCAGCUCCCGCGCUAAGGAGUUCGCCUUCUACCACCAGGGCUACGCGCCCGGGCCUUACCACCACCAUCAGCCGGUGCCUGGCUACCUGGAUAUGCCCGUGGUGCCCGGCCUCGGGGGCCCCGGCGAAUCGCGCCACGAGCCCCUGGGUCUUCCCAUGGAAAGCUACCAGCCCUGGGCGCUGCCCAACGGCUGGAACGGCCAAAUGUACUGCCCCAAAGAGCAGGCGCAGCCUCCCCACCUCUGGAAGUCCACUCUGCCCGACGUGGUCUCUCAUCCCUCAGACGCCAGCUCCUACAGGCGAGGGAGAAAGAAGCGCGUCCCUUACACCAAGGUGCAAUUAAAAGAACUCGAACGGGAAUACGCUACAAACAAAUUCAUUACCAAGGACAAACGGAGGCGAAUAUCAGCCACGACGAAUCUCUCCGAGCGGCAGGUUACAAUCUGGUUCCAGAAUAGGAGAGUCAAAGAGAAAAAAGUCAUCAACAAACUGAAGACCACUAGCUAAUGGAUUAAAAGUUGAGCAAGAGGGUAACUUGAAGAAAUGCUUCAGAACUCGUUGCUUUGUCCAGAUAAUGAAUAUAAUGUUUAAUAAUAAUUGAAGAAUGGGGAAGAGAGAGACACUGGCAUUUUGCUUUCCUAAAGGGGAUCCCUUUCUCUGUGGUGGAAUCUACAGCUCAUUUUUAAACUUUAAGAAAAGGUAAAGACUGCCAAUUCUGCCGCCAACCCCACCAGAUCGUUAAAUGGCAAUCUCUAGAGUCAAUCGUCAACCCCUAAAUUCGCAAUUUCAGAUAAGUUACACAUUUACUGAAAUCUUGUAAGUAUUUAUGUGGCUGUUAUAUUUGAGGACACUAUGUCAUACGGUAAUAAUCCGAAAGUUGGUUACAAAAACAAGAGGCUGUUGUAAACAUCUCCUUGUCCUUGAGUCGCCAUCACCAUCCCCUUUGCAUGUUAAGUGACUGCUCAGGUAAAUCUUAGUGAAAUUCCUACCGACAUUGUAUAUUCUGCAAAACACGUCACGUAUAGAUUUAGAAGGGGAAAGACAAGAAGGUACUGAAAUAAUGAUCUUGGACUAUUUGCUAUGAAGGGAGAAAGGGAAAGAAAACUCUUCCGAGGAUCAUUUGUUUGGGGAGUGAAUACAACCAGCUGAGCCUCUGAGACUGCAAGGGAACCCCAGGCUGGGAAUGAUCUUCCUAUAAUAAUUUUUAAUUGCAUAUAACAAGCAUAUUCUGUGGCAUUUGGACUGUAUUUUCUGCCCCAAUAUCUUUUACUUUCCAAAGGAUUUGAUAUAUUUUUAAAAAAUAUUUAAAGCAUCAAAUGCUUCACAGAAUUCGCUUUUUCAGAUCUUCUGAGAGGUCCCGCCCCAAUAUGGUGGACUUUGGUUUGAACACAAUUUAUUAUUUAAAUUAGUGUUUCCCAAUAUUUACUAAACAUAUUACUGGGUAAAUAAUUUUCCUUUUUUAUUUUUUAGAAAACUCAGAACAGAAAUCCAUUCCCCCAACACAUUUAGAUGUUUACAUUCUAUAGUUUGAUCUAUUAAGGAAUGAAUGUGUUUUCCUUGUUUAUUGUGUUCUGAGACUGCAUUAGAAAGUUUAGGGAUUCAUCUUCACAGCACAUUUUUAAUCAAGCAGUUAUUUCAACCAGCACAUUUUUUGUUUAUAUUCACUAUGAAAUGUUGUCUUGUAAAUAAAAACAUUCAGCACACUGUGAAAAUGUAUUUGUGCACCUGCUUUUCAAAUAUUUCUAUUAAACACAGUAAUUAAGAGAACCUUAGACCUGUAGAUAGUGAUAUAGUGGUAUUAAUUAUGUUAAUAAAAUAGUCACUGCCAAUAAAA